GUAAUAUUUUGCUAUAAUGAAUACUAUGGUACCUGAGUUCGCACGUACUGUUUUUUUUUCAAUAUUUGGAUUGCAAGGUACAGUAUGAUGGUAGAUAACGCAAAUCCAUGCUAAGGCAGAUCUGGUAUAUUCCCCUAAAAAAAAGGUAGUCUACAGCUGCAACAGAGCACAGGACUAAGGGAAAAUGCAACGUCAUGAGAAGAUUGCUGCUCUGAAGCCUGUGGCGUCCAGGCCUUUCUCCAGCUUCAGGUCCUUUCCAAAGCUCCUUCAAGACUUCACUAGCACAGGUUCCCCACCCAUCACCGUCUUGGAGGAAGCAGUUCUAGUUAAGCCGAAGGCCACUCGGUUCCCAUCGCUACCAAGUGAACUUCCGACAGAAAUAACUGCAACCAUAGACGCUGGCUCAGAUACCACAUGUGAGGAAAUGGAGGUAGAUACAGAGCAGGAGAACUGCUGCGGCCAUCUAACAACAUGCCACACUGUCAAGAAGCCCACGGGCAGUCGUUUGUCAUUUGAUGGCUACAACUGGAGGAAAUACGGGCAAAAGAAGGUGAAAGGGAGCGAGUUCCCACGGAGCUACUACAAGUGCACGCAUCCAAGCUGCCCUGUGAAGAGGAAGGUGGAGACGACAAUAGACGGCCAGGUUGCUGAAAUCGUGUACAGCGGUGAGCACAGCCACCCCAAACCUCGUCCUCCCAGGACGCCAUUGUCGUCCCCAAGCACGGCAGAGGUUGUGGUCUGCGGCGUGCAUGGUACUGACGAUACCAUGCAGGAGUAGAAACAAAGAGAGCUGGGAGGAUUCAACCAGGCUCCUGAUACUUCUGAUAUCGGGAGGCAGUUGCGUUCCCUUGGAUUAAUUUGGAAACAAGAGUUGAGCUUGCUGGUUGUAAGAGAAAGGUCGUAUAUUUCUGCCGCUAAACAUUCUGCAGCUGAUGUACGAGAGUCUGCUACAGGGAUCGUGUGAUCACUGCCAAAUGUUAUCAUCCGAUUCC